GUUGAGAGGACUCAUGCUGACGGCUGACUCCGCACUGUGGCAGCAGGACUAGUAGCUGGUUGCAAAAAUGGAGACAGUUCCAAGUGACUUCAACAAGCGAGUCUACCAAGGUGUCCGAGUGAAGCAUACAGUCAAGGAUCUCCUGGCAGAGAAGAGGUCCAGGCAGACAUCGGGAUCAAGGUUAAAUGGCAGUACCAAUGUUUCUCAGACUCCAUUUGUCCAAAUGUCAAGUUCUCCCGUAUUAUCUGGAUAUUAUGGAGUAAGAAGAUCUUUCCUUCCUGAAUCUGAGUUCCAUACUGCAAAGCAAUACUCAGCCGACAUCUACUCGUCACCCUUGGGGUCAAAAUCAAUAGGAUGCGAGCCAGGGUCUAUUCAGAGCUACCCACCAUUGCUGGAUCCCUAUUUUUCGGAUGUUAUAGGUGACUACAGGAGCUCGUCAAUAUCAUCUGCCAGUAGCUCACUGUUCAGCGCUUCAUCACUGCCACCUCUUCUACCUCAUUUCUCUGGAGACCCAUCACAUUAUUUAUUGAGAGAGUCGUGGGAGCAGACAGUUCCUGACACCAUGAACCAGUUGGAUACUUUGUGCACAGACACAUCACAAACUGUAUCAUCAUCUACAAGUUGCCUGCCCUCUGAAAAUGGAGCUGUCCACUACCGAAGUGCAAGUAGAGGGUCUUCCUCAACACAAGGAACACAGUCUUACUCACUGCACUCUCUUGAUGAUGUGCAUUACCCCACCAACUUUCCAACCACUUCUUCAUAUACAUUCCAACCAUUUAUGACAGUGUCCAAUGAACUGACCCCUAAGAUGGUUCAUCACCUUUCCCCGGAGGACUCAAAUGAGACAAAUUCUCUGCAAGAUAAUUCUUGGCCAAAGGAUGAUGCCAAUACAGUAUGGGGGCCAUAUGAACUGAGAAGAAAUUACUAA